GCUUAUUAUUAUUAAUUAGCUAAUAGGAAAGAACUAAUCAGUUAUGUUUUCAACAAGGGCACCAACUUAAUCUGAAGGCAAAACACACAACGCCAAUUUUUUUUUCUUUAAGUGAAAAAAAAAUCCUCUGGGAUGGAACGUCCCCCAAACCUACCACAACAGUUGCCAAACCACUGCAAAAACCUGACCCAUCUCCACCACUCCCCCCGACUUUAUAAACUGCGGUCAAACCAAUUUUACUCGAACAAAAUGCAAUCAACAACGAUUUUAGUGGCUUUGAGUGCUUUCACAGCCUUUAUCUAUUUCCUGGCCGAGUAUUUUUCGAAAAAACAGAGACUUUUGCGGUUCCAUGCCGCCAAACUCCAAGGCCCCCCUGCUUUGCCCCUAAUCGGAAGUGCGUAUUAUCUGUUCGGGAGCAACAAAAGUAUAGUGAACAAUGUCAUCCACUUGGUAAAAAAAUACAAAUCGCCCUGGAAAAUUUGGCUGGGGCGCCAAUUGUACAUUGUUGUGACUGAGCCCGAAGAUAUUGAAGUUGUGUUAAAUAAAGCGUUAGAAAAAGCGGAAAAUUACAACUUUCUGGCGUGUUUACUACAAGAGGGGCUUUUUACAGGACCGGUCGAGAAGUGGAAAAGGCACCGGAAGGUCAUUUUGAGCACUUUCAGUAUGCCGAUUUUGAAAAGUUUUGUGGAAAUUUUUUCGGAAAAUUCGCUUAGAAUGUUGCCAAAGUUGGAUAAGUUUGUCGGGAAAGGAACGUUUGAUGUUUGCCCGAUUUUGACCAAUACGGCCCUGGAAAUUACAUGUGAAACAGCAAUGGGGACAAAAAUCUACGAACAGGCGCAUUCAGAUUACGCUUACAACUUGUCCAAGGCUUUGGAACUGGUUUUUAUGCGAAUGUUCCAAUAUUGGUUGCAUCCUAAUUUCAUCUGGAGUCUGAGCAUCUAUUCAAAACAGUUGAAACAACUAUCAAAACAACUGGAAAUUUUCGUCCAAGGCAUUGUCACAGAGAAAAAAGUUCAAUAUCGGGACAAAAAACACGAUUUAUGUUUAGAGACAAAAAGAAGAAAAUGUUUCAUUGAUCAUUUGAUCGAAAUGUCGGAGGAUGAUAAUUGGCAUGAUCACGAGCUUCUGGAGGAAGCCCAAACUAUGGUGGCUGCGGGCAGCGAGUCCUUGGGGUCCGUGAAAAGUUUUACUUUGAUUAUGCUAGGAAUGCACCCCUUGAUUCAGGACAAAGUCUACAACGAAAUGUACAACAUUUUCGGCCCCAGUGACCGAACUGUCACCCCCGACGACUUGACCGAAAUGACAUACCUGGACAUGGUCAUCAAGGAAACCUUGCGACUGUUUCCAGUGACUGCAGCAGUAGGGCGACGUGUCAGCCAGGAUAUAGUGACUGACAGAUACACACUACCCGAAGGUUGCGAAUGCAUAGUUAGCAUUUUAUCCGCCCACAGAAACCCGAAAAUUUGGCCAAAACCGCUUGAUUUCAACCCUGAUAGGUUUCUCCCAGAAGAGGUGGCCAAACGCCACCCUUAUUCCUACUUGCCUUUCAGUAACGGACCUCGGAACUGUAUUGGUUUCAAAUACGCAAUGAUGGCCAUAAAAACUGUAAUUUCGACGAUUGUCCGCCGCUACAAAAUCUCAACCGAGUUCAAAUCCGUCCCUGAAAUCGAAUUCUCACCUGGCGUUGUCUUGAAAUCCAGAAAGGGCUACAGGACACAACUGGAGUCCAGGUGUUAAUAGUUUAAUGUACAUAUAUCAUAAAUAAAAUUAAUACAAAUCCUACGAUAACUAACAAAAUAAAAUAACAUCAAUUUACGAUCAA